AUGGUUUCAGUGCUUCUGGAGUGUAGUGAGUCGGCUUUUGAAACUUCAUCGAAAAAAUUGCGAAGCGAAAAAUGUUCGAAAACAGAAGCAACAUUUACCGUCGAAACGUUGGCAAGAUUUAUUGGCCAACGUUUUUAUGAAUUAAAUAAUCUGAAGAAAAUCGAUCAACAAUUAGUAAGAACAGUUGAAAGUUGUAGAUUAGACUUACGUCGAUUUGGUGUAAAAUUCACAGCAAAUUCAAGCCGACCUUACUUUCUUGGACAUGAACGAGAAGAUGUGGUAAAACAUCGACAAGAAUUUGUCAAAUACUUUAUUGAGCGUGAACAACACUUUUAUACAAUUACAAAUGAUGCUGUGCCACAGUAG